AUGAUUAGCAAGAUCUUUCCUCCUUCUUCUAAGGGUCAUUCCUUUAUAGUUGUGGCUACGGAUUACUUUACAAAGUGGGCUAAAUCCAUUCUUAUGAAAUCCAUGAAUCAAAGUGACAUCAUCAAAAUCAUCAAAGAAAACAUUAUCCACAGAUUCGACCUACCUCAACAUAUUGUGGCCGAUAGGGAAACUAUUUUCUUUGGUGAAGAAGUCCAGGCUUUUGCUAAAGAAUAUGGUAUAGAACUCUCUCAUUCUACUCCAUGUUAUGUUCACGGCAAUGGCCAGGUAGAAUUAAAAAACAAAGUUCUGAAAGGCAUCAUUAAAAGAAUGAUUGAGGACGAACCCAGGAUUUGGCAUGAAGUCCUGUCAAAAGCCUUGUGGUCCUACAGAACUUCAAAGAGAACAACAACAGGAAUUACACCAUUCAUGCUUACUUAUGGGCAUGAUGCAUUCCUACCUAUGGAGGUUACUGUGAAAUCCUUGAGAGUUGCAUUUCAGAAUGGUUUAACUCCUAUAGAGUGCAAUCAGCCUAUGUUCAUGGAGCUUGAUGAAGUAAGAUUAGCAGUUCUAGAUCAACUUUUAGUGCAAAAACAGAGAGUAGCCAGAGCUUAUAAUCAAAGAGUUAGAAAGAAGAGUUUUGCAGAAAAUGACUUAGUCUGGAAGGCAGUUCUGCCAUUUGGUGCAAAAUAUCCUGAGUUUGGGAAAUGGUCUCCAAGCUGGGAGAGCCCAUUCUAA